AUGAAAGCGAAGAUGUUACAUGCAGGGUUUGUUUGUUUGUAUGGAUAUGUACAAAUGGGUAUCCUAUCAAAAGGAGUCCACAAAUCCUAUGAAAUCGGGAAAACCAUAGGAAAAGGAUCCUUUGCGGUUGUUAAAGAAGGGAUUCACAAGGCUAGCCGAACUCGGGUUGCCAUUAAGAUCGUUGAUAAGAAGGAUGCUGUUUUUGAUGCCGAAUCACUGGAGCAGGAAAUAGCCACGAUGAAAAAGGUUUCACACCCCAACUGCGUCCUGCUGCACGAAGUUUAUGAUGAAGCGAACAAAACUUAUUUGAUUCUGGAUCUUAUCACAGGGGGAACGGUCAUGGACCGCAUUAUCGCUAUUGAUCAUUUCUCUGAAAAGGAUGCCGCUUCUGUGACCGCAGACGUUCUCAAUGCAGUACAUUAUUUGCACAGCAUUGGAAUCACUCACCGCGAUUUGAAACCUGAGAACCUUCUUUAUGCUUCCAAUGAUCCGAGCUCACCUGAUUACAAUACGAUCAAAGUUGCAGAUUUUGGUCUAUCGAAAUUUGUGUCGGAGAAUUCCCAGAUGAAGACCACUUGUGGAACUCCAGGGUAUGUAGCGCCUGAGGUUUUGGAUCCGUACCUUCCUUUCACAAAUGGUUAUGGCCCUGAGGUUGAUCUCUGGUCUCUGGGAGUGGUUCUCUACAUCAUGCUUUGCGGUUUCCCUCCAUUUUACGACGAUUCUACAGCAGUAUUAUUUAAACAAAUUCGCAAGGGGGAGUAUACAUUUCCAUCGCCUUAUUGGGAUGGUGUUUCAGAAGAAGCGAAAGAUCUGGUGUCCAAGAUGUUGGUUGUUGAUCCCGCCAAGAGGUACUCCGCACAGCAGUGCUUGGAUCAUCCGUGGAUCCAGAAUGCUGGAAGUUACGCAGAAAUUGCAGCUGAUUAA